AUGGUCUCUUUCCCAGGAACAAGUUCAGGAUGGUUCAGAACUGGUAACCGCACCUGUCCCAAGACAGGCCAGAGGCUUCUCUGCACAGAUUUUGUGCCCAAUUCAGCUCUGAAGCAGCUUAUCAAGGGAUUUUGCUUAGAAAAAAGCAUCCACUUUGCUGAUUCAGUUGGGCGUAGCCGUGAUGUUACAAAGGCAGUUGUUGCGGGUAGCAAAGUAUCUGAGCAGGCCGUGCGAUUGCUCGCUAAUUUUCUCGUUGGCAGGCUUGUGCGUUGCAAUAAUCAAGAGCAGAACAGAGCUGCUUAUGAGAUUCAUUUGCUCACCAAAACAAGCAUUUUUAAUCGGUCUUGUUUGGUUGAAGCUGGUGCAAUCCCGCCUCUGUUGAAUCUUCUAUUUUCAUGCGAUCCAUCGCUGCAAGAGAAUGCCAUGGCAUCUCUGUUAAAUCUUUCAAAGUUUUCCAAAAGCAGGAAAAGAAUUUUUGAGAAUAGAGGUUUGAUUUUGAUACUUGAUGUUUUGAAGUGCGGACUGAAAGUGGAAGCUCGACAGCAUGCAGCUGGUGCAUUCUUUUACCUUGCUUCAGUUGAAGAAUACCGACAACUAAUUGGGGAGAUUCCAGAUGCAAUUCCUUCUCUAGUGGAGCUCCUCAGGGAUGGGACAGAUCGUGGCAAGAAGAAUGCACUUGUCACGAUAUUCGGCCUCCUCCUAUGUCCUGAGAACCAUAGGAGAGUGUUUGUUGCUGGAUUAGUCCCAUUGCUGAAGCAAGAGCAACGACAGCAGUGGUGGUGA